UGCACUUUGCUUCUCUCUUCUCUCUCUUUCUAAAACUAAAACUAAAACCUCUUCUCUCUCUCUCUCUCUCUCUCUCUCUCUCUCUCCUCUGUUCCAAGUUUCCAACGGAGAAGAACCACAACAGCGAAAAAGAUUUGAAGGGAAUAAGCUAUUGAUGGAUGAAUAUUCUGGUAAAAGAGCCAUUGAUGGGGUGGUAGUUCCUAAAAAGGGGAUGGGCCAUGUGUUUAGAGAUACCGCUAAUACUAGAGAUCGAAAUGGUCAAGUGUGCAGUCGCCUUGGUUGCAGUAGCAGAGUCAACUCUCCUAAAGGUGCUCAAAUUGGUUCUUCUGAAAAAGGUAAAUCUUUGAGGCCUUCAAUCCGAUCCUCUUCAAGUGGCAAGGAAGCAAUUGGAAGCUCCUCUAGAACUUUCUCUGGGGCUAGUAACCCAGGAAAACCCCUUAUAAAGCCCCGGAAAACAAUAUCGUCUCGGGUAGAGACUGAUUCAUCUGAAUCUAGUAGUGUACAAGAUGAACCAGAAGUUUCAAAGCUUGUCCCUCCACCUGAUAAAACUCAGAGAGGGGGACUUCAAGCUGAAGUGGAAAAUGCAGAGUCUAGUAAUGUCAUGCUGAUGGAAGUAGGGAGCUCUAGUGUAGUAUCUAAUACAAGAUCUCGGAGGAAUUUUCAUUCGAAGCCUGGAUUACGUGGUCAAGAAAUUAAAAACACUGGUCCAGUGACACGUGCAGGUGCCAGUAAGUAUGGGUUAAGGAACCUCAGAUGCAACUCUAUUUCUGAUGUCAUCCCUGCUGAUUGUUUACCAUCAGAUUCAACCCUUAACAAAAGGAAGGAUAUGAUAAAAAAGAGAAAUUGUGAAGGGGAAAGUAGUUCCACUGCUAGAGGGAAAAAGAUGAGUGGGUCUUCAUUAGAAGGACGGAAUUCUGGUUCCAGAAAUGGCAUAUCUAUCUCUGAUUCAAGAAUAUCUAGAAAUACUCCUCCUCACAGGGACAGGCCAGACAGCAACGUAGCGUCGGUUAGGACACGAAGACCAAUAAGUGGUAAUGCCAGGGGAAGGCUUUCUAGCCAAGGAAAUGCUAAUCAUGUGGCACCCAAUGAGUCUUUUGUCAUGAUACCUUCUUUGCCUCAUUCUAGUGAUCUUCAUGCUCCUGGUGUAUCACAUCAUACAUCUGUAGAGACUCCUUUAAGUCGUCUGAGCUCUUAUAGUAGAGCAGGUACCGGCAGUGAGGAGUUAUAUGGUGUUAUGCCUGUGUCUCCUGCAGACUAUGGCAUCACUCAUUCUCUAAUAAAUCGGGAUAGCUUUCGACGUCGCUACAACAUGGAUGGUAUUACAGAGGUAUUGUUGGCACUUGAGAGGAUUGAACAAGAUGUUGAGCUAACACAUGAGCAAAUUCUUUUACUGGAGUCGAACUUGUUCCUUACUGGACUAAACUUCUAUGAUCAGCACAGAGACAUGCGAUUGGACAUUGAUAACAUGUCAUAUGAGGAACUACUUGCUCUGGAAGAGAGGAUGGGUACUGUGAGCACAGCUCUAACAGAGGAAACACUUUCAGAAUGUCUAAAGAGAAGUUUCUAUCAAUCCUCACCCUCAGACCAUGCAGCUGAGAGUUGCAAUGAGGAUAACGAUGAUACCAAAUGCAGCAUCUGCCAGGAGGAAUAUGUGGCCACAGAUGAAGUGGGGAGUCUGCAAUGCGAACAUAUGUAUCAUGUGGUUUGCAUACAACAAUGGCUACGGCUAAAAAACUGGUGCCCUAUUUGCAAAGCAUCAGUGGCACCGUCAAAUUCAUCCUCAUCUCAUUAAUUACAUUGUUAAACCAGACGAGGGAGACAGAUUUCUUUCUAUCCCCUCUUUCUCUCUUUUUUUAUUAUUUUGGAUCACUUUUGUACAAAAUACAGUUGCUCCUCCUCACCUCUUCUUAUUGGUCAUUUGUACAUAGCCAAUAUCUUCAUCCACAUUAUCUAAUAACACAAGCCACAGGCUUGAUAGACUUAAAUUUCUUCUUAAGCUGCGGGUGCAAUAUUCUUCUUACACAUUAUCUAGAUGUCCUUCCUUCCUUCUUGCGUUCUCUUUUUUAAUUCUUACAUAAGAUGCCUUAAGGAGGAUUUGGAAGGAGAAGUAAAAGGAAGGCAAUGAAGUUGCUUUUUUUUUUUUUUUCUCUCUAUUUGUAUUAUAACGUUUAUUAUGAGGUUUUAGAUUUAGGUUUAGU